GCACACCGAUCGGCAAUCCCCACCGCCCCUCCCACUUCCACAUCUGCUCGCAGCUCGAAGAGGAUCAGUCGUCAGCCAUGUCCGGGCGCGGCAAGGGGGGCAAGGGGCUCGGCAAGGGCGGCGCCAAGCGCCACCGGAAGGUGCUGCGCGACAACAUCCAGGGCAUCACCAAGCCUGCCAUCCGUCGCCUGGCGAGGAGGGGCGGCGUGAAGCGCAUCUCCGGUCUCAUCUACGAGGAGACCCGCGGCGUGCUCAAGAUCUUCCUCGAGAACGUCAUCCGCGACGCCGUCACCUACACCGAGCACGCCCGCCGCAAGACCGUCACCGCCAUGGACGUCGUCUACGCGCUCAAGCGCCAGGGACGCACCCUCUACGGAUUCGGCGCACAACACAAUUCACCACUGCUCCUCCACCUCCAUCCGCUCGCAGCUGGAACCAGGGAGAGAUCGUCAGCCAUGUCCGGGCGCGGCAAGGGAGGCAAGGGUCUGGGCAAGGGCGGCGCCAAGCGCCACCGGAAGGUGCUGCGCGACAACAUCCAGGGCAUCACCAAGCCGGCCAUCCGUCGCCUGGCGAGGAGGGGCGGCGUGAAGCGCAUCUCCGGCCUCAUCUACGAGGAGACCCGCGGCGUCCUCAAGAUCUUCCUCGAGAACGUCAUCCGCGACGCCGUCACCUACACCGAGCACGCCCGCCGCAAGACCGUCACCGCCAUGGACGUCGUCUACGCGCUCAAGCGCCAGGGACGCACCCUCUACGGCUUCGGCGGCUAGGCCCCUCGUCGUCGUCAGUCUUCCUCGCCGCCUGCAGACUCCAAUCGCUUGAUAGGACCGCGACUUGUUUAGUUGUCUGUUUCCUGUGUAGUUCGAACUGAAUCGUGGAACAAAGUUAUGUGUCGUUGGAAAUCGAACCUGUCUCUGUGCAAAUUGCUUGCUACUGAUUUUGUCUUGUUGGUUGGUCUGCUGCAUCUCCGCUGUGUACCAUUGUUGUUUCUUUGUGAUGCAAGAUCGUGUGCGCUUGAUGUGACGAUUAGUUGAUUUGCCAUAUCUGUCUGCAGGCUAAUCUGUAAUGUUAAAGAAUGCCGUUGACUGAA